AUGGAGAAAGACGGACAGCGCAACACAGGAUGGCUGUUGUUUAUAGCACAAGGUAGGCUGUUGAUGAAGAACCAGUUUGAUGAAGAACGUCAAAGGAAUGGGGACGCAGAAACAGAUGUUCAGCAAGUCACAUCGACUAAUGUUACUGUCUGUCCCGCCCUCUACCAACCCAUCGGCAGCCGCUGCUACAGGCUCCACCAGCACGAACGGUCGGUCCGGGAAGCUGAGGCAGUGUGCAUUGCGGAAAACUGCAAACUGGCCGACAUCAGAACAGAAUCAGACAUGAAGGCAAUCAUCAACCAUAUCAACGCACAGUCCCCCGGCACGUACUGGACAUCGGGGCACAUCAAGAACGGGCGUUACGUGUGGGGUAACGGCAGAACUGAAGUGCCACAGAAAUGGCGAGGCAGGAGUUUUGCAGUUGACGACCACGAGUGUGUUUACGUCUGCUCCCACACUCACCGGCUGUGGGAGGCCAAAUGCGACGCCCGCAAGCGUUUCAUCUGCGUGUGCUGAACCAUCACGCUGGAGGCCGCCGGGGCUAGACGUCUCCUCCUGAAGAGGCUGUGUCCUGCGAGGAUAUCAGCUCCUGCUCGAACGUGAAUGAGAUACAGAAGAUUUUACCUGAAAGUUUCCUUUUUUUGCUGGGAGUUGGGACAAUAUUUAAAAUUAUCAUUAGUAUAAUUUUCAACGCGGGCCUCUUAGGUUGAAGAAGUUAGUUGCUGGUGUGACUUGUUUAUACUUCAUUAAAUGUAUCUGUUGAAACAACUCGAUAAGUACUUGUGAGUAAAAAUUUAUACUGCAAAAUAAUCUCAAUAGCUCAAUCUUGACACGAGUGAAAGCUUGAUAAUCACAUCGGAAUAAUUUUGAAAAAUAAUAUGUUUACAAUCAAAA